UGAUCUCAAUCAAAUCUCAAUUCAUCAUCAUCUUCAUCUCUCUCAAAGCUCAAAGAUCUUCGUCGUCGUCGUCUCUGUGUUCAACACAUAAUGAUAAAUCUGUCGAGAGAACCAAAUCAAUAGCCACCACUCUGAUUCGGCAGCUAUAGUUAGCAAUUUCUUAGUCGCGAACUGCAAGCAAUGCUUGGCUUAGAAGAAACUUCUCGAGAAUUCGGAGAUGCAGUUAGUGCCUAGUGAUGAUGACCGGAACGAAGAACAGAUUAUUCUAUUCGACGAAUCCACAUCCACCAACGAAAUCGUAGCAGCGGAAAGAGGCGAUCGUGUUGUAGAGGAAGAAGGAGAGGUUUCUGAGAUAGCUGAGAGUGAUGAUGAUGAGGAUGACGAUAACGAAACUACGCAUCUCGUUGCUGCUGUAGAUCAACCACAAUGUCGAAUUUGCCUUGACGUUGGAGGGGAAGAUCUGAUUGGUCCGUGCAAUUGUAAAGGUACUCAGAAGUACGUGCACAGAUCUUGUCUCGAUAACUGGCGCUCCACCAAGGAAGGUUUUGCGUUUUCGCAUUGUACAGAGUGUAGAGCUGUGUUCAAACUCCGAGCCAAUGUGCCUCCUGAUAGGUGGUGGUUGAGAUUGAGAUUUCAGCUCCUGGUUGCUAGAGAUCAUGCUUUCAUUUUCAUCACUGUCCAGAUGGUAGUAGCGUUCUUGGGGUUACUAGUUUACAAGUUCUACGGCGAAGAACUACGUGAGAUGUUCGGUUAUGAGGAACAUCCUUAUGGCUUCUACACAUUAGCUGUUUUGGCCAUUGUCUUGGUAGGACUACUUUAUGGGUUCUUCAUCGCAAUUAUAUGUGGUCAAAGGAUCAAUGAGCGGCACUACCAUGUUCUUGCCAAACAAGAACUCACAAAGGAGUAUAUAGUGGAAGACCGAGACUGCAAGAAUGUUCCUGAUCUUGACCAGAGUCAUGUAAUGGAACUCAGAAUGUUGGGGCUUUAUUGAACAUAGAUAUGAGAAAAGAGCUCGCCGGAUCUAUACUCUUCAUUUCACCUGUAAAUUAUACUCUUCAUUGAUUCUAAGGUUGUUUCAACGAUUCUGUUAAGUGGUUUUAUGAAAUUUAUUUUAUUUAUACUCUUCAUUUCAAUGAUUCUGAUGAAACUGUGAGGUUUACACAGUAAUGUAUUGGAUGAUCAUCUCUUUUUCUUCUUCA